AUGGCUGAAACAAAGGACAAGUCCAAGGUCCACAAGCUGUCGAUCCGAGGAUCGGCCAAGCUAGUAUCUGAAUUUUUUGAGUACUCGAUUAACUCAAUUCUCUUUCAGCGUGGUGUCUACCCUCCCGAAGACUUCACAACUGUCAAGAAAUAUGGCCUCAACAUGCUCGUGUCGGCGGAUGACCAGGUCAAGGCAUACAUCAAAAAGAUCAUGUCGCAGCUGAACAAGUGGAUGGCCGGGGGCAAAAUUUCGAAACUUGUGGUCGUCAUCACCGACAAGGAGACCGGGGAGCAUGUGGAGCGCUGGCAGUUUGACGUGGACAUCUUCGGCAAGAACUCCAAGAGCCAGGGCUCACGCAAGGCUGGUGAUAAUGAAAAUGCCGCUCCUGGAGACAACAACACCCCAGCUCCCGAGCCAGUUGAGAAAACCGAAAAGGAAAUUCAGGAAGAGAUCCAGGCCAUUUUCCGCCAGAUUACCGCCUCCGUCACCUUCCUCCCCGUUCUCGAUGGAGAUUGCACCUUCAACGUCCUCGUCUACGCCGAUGCUGACUCGGACGUGCCUGUGGAAUGGGGCGACAGUGAUGCCAAGGAGAUCAAGAACGCCGAGAAGGUGCAGCUGCGAAGCUUCAGCACCAACAACCACCGAGUUGGCACACUUGUCAGCUAUCGGUUGGCGGACUAG